CCCUUCGCAUCGAUCGACUGGCCUCGGGUGCAUCUCCCGCCCAACUAAAAUUUGUUUUUCAACUGACCCUUCCACAUGAAGAGUGCCUUUCGCCGUCGCCCGAUCCCCCAUUCCCCGUGAACAUGCAUUGGGAAGCUGCAGUCAAGUUCUUCCUCCUUGUAGUCCACAAGUCGGAAGAAUCAACAUGCCCGACUUUAUCAACCUUGGUCUUACCGCUGGCGGAGAAACGCUCGAAGGUCGAGCUGGGAAAUUCCAGCGGAAACUCCGCAUGUGUGGCGACGCGACAUCCUCUGCAUCGCGGUGGCUGUCCGCUCAUUUUGCCCCUUGCGGGAACAGCGUCAUCCUCGUUCAAUCCCACGUCAUUUUCCGAGGGUAUAUCUACUACCCCUUGGCUCGCAUGUCGACCACAUCAGUUUUGCCAAGACCAAUACUUCCGUCGGCAAUCAACGAGGACCAUCUGCAGGGGUGGUGGACGCUCGAUUUCGAGAAUGACCUCCAGCGCACGACGCCGUCAUCUUCUCGCUUUGCGAUCCUGCCCAAAUUGUUUUGGCUGGCAAAAGUAUCUGCCACGCGACUCGACGACGAGACUGUGUCCAUCCCUGGCGACCCCGGGCUUCACCUGCCAUCGAUUCCAGUACUAUCUCGCGACGAUCUGUUUGUCGCUGUCCGCGCGCAUUUUGCAUCGAGUCCGACUGCAAAACCCUUGGUUGUGGCUGAGCUACGUCCAUGCAUUCACGAGACAGCGUUUGAGGAAACAUCCCGCGGAGCCAUUGUGAACCGAGCUAUGUGGCAACCGGCCAUAGCUCCUCCAGCUGUCAAGACGGACAUGCCGAACAGAAGUGGCCGCCGUGUGGCGGCAGACAAAAGGGCGCCGCGGCCAUCCAGCUCCAUCAUGGUCGUCGACGUAAACCAAGCAAGCGAUCCGACGGAGCUGGCUCAACAGCUUCGACGCGCGACUAGGUCUGGGGCGCGGUAUGGCACGGUGAAGGCCAUUGCGCAAAAGGUGCUACAACCCCUCGGUCUGCGCUUUUCGAUCCAGUGUAUAUUGGCCCUAGUAGCACAAGAAGAGCGCACCGACAAGAACGAGACAUUUCGAAUCGGACAACUCGUCGUCGACGCGACUUCGGCCAUUUCGGCUCAGCGCCGCAAUGACGAUGGUGGGACCCUCCAUGCAGCUCUGCUUACGAUCUUGGCUGAUGAGACCAAGUGGUGGAGCGUGCGCUUUCUCGUCAAGGCCAAACACACUUUGCUCAACGAAGUACGUGCAAGUGCUAUGGAAUCAGAACUCGAGCGAAAUGGAGAUGUUGGGGCCAUGGAAGGUGUGAUGACUCGCAUGCUCGAGCCAGACCACCGCGGAAAAUGGCACAUGACGGCUGUCGACUUGUGUGCUGCGUAUGGCUUGCCCAGAGCGGAGGCCACGGCAUCCACGAUGCUGACGAAGCUGCUGGAUGCGAAUGACCCUGUGGCGGCGGAAGCGUUUGUGUUGUCGCAGCAACGAUGCACGUCUCGAACGCAUCGCCUGACGCAAACGUUUAUGCGCCACUCAAAAACUCGUACAAAAGCUGCCAAGCGCCUUGCUGCCCUCUUCCAUUCCAUCCUUCCCAGCCACACACCUCACGCGGCGAACCAACGUCCCAUCGUCAACCAGGACCAUCAAUUGACCUUGGUCCAAGACAUCCUGGCCACUCGUUUGAGUGUGCACUUGGUGGAAACCCCCGACGACGUCACGUCCAUGAUGCACUGGAUGGACGAGGCUCUGAUGGAUCCAAACCAUUCACCCAACGAACGGCUCCAACCGACCAAAGUCGUGAUCGUCGGACUCGACUGCGAGUGGCGGCCGCGAGCAUUCUCCACCAAGAGGGACACGACGCUGGACGACGAUUCACCAGACUUGGAACAAAUCCAGGUCAUCCAGAUCGCGUUUCCACAUGGCCACGUGUAUGUGCUCGACUGCAUGGCGCCGUCCGUGAUCGACAUGGUGGUGCCUCUGUUUCGCCACUUGAGUCAGCCGUGGGUCGUCGUGACGGGGUUUUGCGUGUCGGGGGACCUCGAUCGCCUCGUGGCUUCGCAUCCUGGAUUGACGGACGUGGUGCAUUCGCCCGACUUUACGUGCGUGGAGCUCCGACGGGUGGCGGUGGCUCGCGCCAAGCCCGACGACGUGCCCACUGUCCAACGGAUGGGUCUCGCCGGCCUCGCGGCGUCCUAUUUGAACCUGCGCAUUCCCAAAGACCAGCAAACGUCAGAUUGGGCGGUCCGGCCGCUCUCAGCCGACCAAAUCGAGUAUGCUGCGAUGGACGCGCAUUGCGUGCGGCUGUUGCUGCUCUACUUCACGGCUGGCCUGGAUGGACCGGAUCCAGUCCAAGAGCCUUGGACCAUAUCCUCCUCUUUGUGGACGGCAUGGCGCGUUCACCUUCAAGCGUAUUUGGGCGAAGCAGACGUCGUUGCUGCUGUGGCGUCGUUGGGGCUAUCAGGGACAUUCCACACUCUCCCGACCCAGCCUCACUGCGCAGUCGACAGAGAGGGCCACACAGUCAUCAAGACUGUGGCAUGGGUCGUCCAACAUGCACAGCACCAUGCGUCCGCAGCGGCUUGUGGACGGUCGCCGGUCCAGUUCUUGGCUGUGUUGGUGGACCUGGCCAAAACGAUCGACGUGAACAAGUUGCACUCGUUUGUCCAGUCCAAGCUCGGCCUCUCGUCGUGCGCGAUAUCCCUCGCCUCGGAACGCGUACGCUUGCUCAACUGACCCUUUCUCACGCGCGAUGUGCUGUAGGACCUCCUGCAUGUGUUUGGGUACGGCCGCGGGGCCAUCGGUCCCGUUGGCCUUCGACGUCCAUCCCUCGUCCACAUCGUCAUGGAUGCGUCCCUGGUGCAUGACGAUGCCAUCUACUGCGGCGCCGGCGCUCUUCACCGCGUCGUCGCGCUGUCCCCGCUGCAACUGUUGCAAUGUCCUCACUUGAACAUCUCCACGUACGACGUGGCAGCGUAGAAUCCAAGGACACAUGUGCAAUCUUCAACUCGUUCCAUGCGAUUAUUCAAGCAGUUCUCCAAAGUAAAUGUUCUUGUCGCUGCC